GGAAGAGGGGACAGAGAGAACAUAGGGAGGAGGGAGUUAGAGGAGGGGAAGAGAGGACACAGAGAAGGAGGGAGUCGAGAAAGAGGGAGACGCAGUGAGUGGUGCAAGAGGCGAGGUGUGGCGGAGCCGAGGAGCAGACAGAGUGAGUGGGUGUCUACAAACUACCAGCGUCUCCUCCAAUAGUUCGUUUUGAUUGACACAGUGAAGUUGGCAUCAUGUCCAAUCGCAAAUCCUUUCUGCAAUUUGUGUGUAAAGAUUCCAUGAAGGAAUUCCUGAAUUAUAUUCAGCUCCAUAAGAAUAAUUCUGAUCCGUUUGAUCUGAAUGAAUUGCUGCAAGAGUUCCCGCGGAAUCAGAAAGUGCUGCUGUGGAAGCAACUGAAGAUUCUCCUGACUGAUGUUCUGUUAGCCAGUCCUGUGGAGAAUUGGCAGCAAUUUGAUGGGGACAGUGAUGAUGAGAUGGAAGUGGAAGGUGCAGUAGAUUUGAAAGAAAGUCUCUCUGUGAUUAGCGGUAUAACUGAAGUGGUUGCUGCCUCUUUAGCUGUAAUUGACGAGAAUGUUGAUUACAGUGACCUAAUAGAAAUUGCUAUUAUUUUGAAUGGCAUCAUGACAGUGUUGCCGACAAGUCAAGUAGUGUUGACAUUUGCCAUCCAACAUUUGUUCGAGGCUUGGUGGGACAAAGGAUUAAAAGGAAAAGAGGAACUGGGAAAAACAGCCUUUAUGAUGUUGCUGGAGAAAAGCCUAAUGGCAAAAUUCUCGGCUGAUAUAGUUCGACUGUGGCAGUUCCAUCAAGCUUUGGAAAGUUUUGAUUACAAUUCUGAAGCCAGCAACAAAGUGAAGGAUGUUUUGCUUCAGUGCUUCAUGAGUAUUGCUCACCUAAAAAAUGAAGAGGGAAGGCGUUUUCUAAGUUUUUUGUUCUGCUGGGAUGUGGAAUUCAUCAAAAUGAUCCAUGGGACAAUUAAGAACCAGUUGUGUUUCUUUCCUAAGUCCAUAAUGCCCCUGGUAGCUGAAGUGUAUUUUAGAGCUUGGAAGAAAGCAUCUGGGUUGUCCCUGGAAACCAUUGAGUACAGCUGUAUCCAGGAUUUCAUGCAUCAUGGAGUUCAUCUUCCACGGGACUCACCAGUCCACUCUAAAGUGCAAGAGUUGUUAAGUUACUUUCAUCAGCAAAAACUACGCCAAGGAGUUGAUGAAAUGCUGCAUCGUCUAUACCAACCUAUUCUGUGGAGAGGCCUAAAGGCCAGCAACUCGGAAGUGCGAGCAAAUGCUGCAAUACUCUUUGUUGAAGCAUUUCCAAUUCGAGACCCUGCACUAACCAGCGAAGAUGCAGACAUUGUAAUCCAAAAGCAAUUUGAGGAAAUCUUUAAUCUUUUAGAGGAUCCACAACCCUUGGUUCGUUCCUCUGGUGUGCUUGGUGUGUGCAGAAUUGCCUCAAAGUAUUGGGAGAUGAUACCUCCUUCUAUCCUCACUGAUCUCCUCACAAAAGUGCUCCAUGACCUUUCAGCCGAUACAAGCUCUGCUGAUGUUCGUUGUUCUGUCUUUAAGUGUUUGCCGCUUAUUUUGGACAACAGAAUGAGCCACCCUUUGUUGGAGCAGCUUCUCCCUGGACUGAGAAACAGUCUUCAUGACACUUCUGUAAAUGUUCGAGUAGCUUUCGUCGAUAUGCUGCUGAAAGUUAAAGCUGCCAAAGCUGCAAAGUUUUGGAAAAUCUGCCCGAUGGAACAUCUUCUGGCCCGAUUGGAGAUUGAUUCUCGACCAGUUGCUAGGCGGAUUGUUAGCCUGUUAUUUAACUCAUUUUUUCCUGUGAAUCAACCUGACGAAGUAUGGUGUGAACGAUGCGUCACCCUUGUCCAAAUGAAUCCCAUGGCAGCAAGGAAAUUUUAUCAAUAUGCACAUGAACACACUGCACCAACCAAUAUUGCCAAGUUGAUGCUUGUGAUUCGGCGAUGCUUGAAUGCCUGCAUUGAGAGGUCAACACAUGAUGAUACCAGUGAUGACGAACAGCAAAAGGAAAAUAUCAGUGUGCUGGAGAGUGUGUUGUCAGUGAAUGAUGGCACCACAAUGGCUAGCUUACUGGAAAUUAAUGUUGUUUUAUGGAAAAGCAUCCACAAGGCACUGAAUGAAAACAAAGAAGCUAAAAACUACACAAUUAUGAAGUUUGCAUCUGUGCUGCCUAUAUAUUUUAAAACUUUCACGGAUGACCGCUGCAUUGUUCCCUUAAUAAUUCUGGCUUCCUUCAUGCCUGCGACAGCAAUUCCUACCUUCAGUUGUGGUGUUCUCUCCAAGUUGAGAAAUUUGGAUAAAGAAGCUGAUGUGACGAAGUAUUCUGCAUUGAUAGACUGCCUUUGUCAGUGGGGGAAAGCCGGACAUGUGGUCGAGCUGAUUACUGAUUGGCUGACAGAGGGGCUUCCUCAAAAGAGUAAAAAGAUCCAAGAACGUAAAGUUCGAAUCCAAGAAAUGGUACAACCCAAACUGAAAUUGGCCAUACAUUUUUUAGAAUAUAUAUUGACCAAUAUCAUGAGUCGGGAAUGUUUAUUGGAUUUGCCACAGAGAAAACUAAACCAGCUUCUGAAAGCUUUGGCGGCAAUCAAGGAACUCCAGGUUUCCUUUCUGAGCACUUCAGAAGUGAUGCUUCAGGACAUAAGUUUGGAUACAACUCUCCGGGCUUUUAGUUUGCAUUGCCGAUUAACUAUUCAUUUACAUAUUAAGAUGGAUGCAAAAGAUAGAACUUACCUUUUGAUUCUUGAAGAUAGUGCAAGCUGGAUUGAUGAAAACGUGUUGCAGUUCAUGCAUAUUCCAGGAAAGGAGAUAGAGGCAUCAGAGCAUCAGAGCCAGAUUGCAAAACAAGUGGUUGAUACAUACCUUUCAGUCUGUAAGGAUAUUGUUACAGUUGAUGCCUCUGAUGCAGAAUUCCAGGCACAGUUGUUGGGCUUUACUGUUGCUGUGAUGAAUUCAGAAAAGGGAAUCUUCAGUCUACCGUUAGUAUUAUCCAUUCUGAAAGAGAUUGCGGUGAACUGCCUAUCUCAAGAUAUCUACAGUACCAGUGAAAAAACUAAAGAAGUACUUAACAUUAUCCAAAAAGUAUUCCACAAAAUUUUGGAAAUCGUGGCUCGUAGUUCAAAAAAGAAUCAGGAUGAAGUUCUGCAGGUUCUGUCUUCUAUUCAGUUGGUUCUUGGAGAAUUCAUCAGCACUGUUGAGAACUGGCAUGGUGUCCAUGAAUCUAUCCAUCAAGAGAUGCUCUCAACACUUCUGGCUGUAAUGCUGGCUGAAACUGUUUAUGCUAUAAAAAAGAAUUCGGACGCGGAUGAUAUUUCUCCACCAGAAGCCGCUGCUGAACUGCCAGUAAUUUCAAGCUACUUGCUGUCUAUUGUAAUGAAAUACCCUCGUGUAAUAAGGUCGUUUUUAAAUGAGUUAGUAGAAUGCAUAAAUUCUGAAGUCAUACAAGGAAUGGUGGGAUUGGUAGCUGCUCUUCACUUCCUUCUCGCACUUAAUAGAGGUAAAGUGAAUGUGAAAAGAGAUGCAAUCAAAGGCACAGCGACAGUCAUUCACAGGAAGCUUCAGCUUUUCAGUGGACUUGUAUCAGAGUUGAGCGACAUUGACAGGACCUUGUACCUUGUCUUCAAAGAAACAUCUGGAUGAUCUCUUACAGCUGUGAAAUAUUGUGAGUGUACUUUCCCUAUCAGCAGAGAGGAAAAUUGAUGUAUUCAAGCAGCACAAUAUUUUUCUCCCUAUUUUGCAAGAUGUAAAGUUGGUCUGAUGUAAUUGGAAAUUGCAUUUGUCAUAUGUAAAUAUCUGCCAAUUAGAAUGAAUCAGGAACUGAGAUAUGAACGGACAUGCUGCAUUUUUUUGUCUGGGGGG